AAUCUUUUGAUGGGUGGGAGAAACAUCCCGACUCUCCUGGGUCCCCUCACCCUCCCCUCAGGGCGGGGCUGCUAGCGACCUAAAGGGAGGAGGGGGGCACAGUUGGAGCUGAGAAGGCGCAGGAGGAGCUCGAGGCUUGCCAAAUUGGGGACUAGAGGGAGGCAAGGGCCUAGAGAGCAGAGAGAAGGAAAGUAGGAAGGGGGUGGAGGCGGGAGAGAAGUGAAGAGCUGGAGCUGCGUUGGGCAGGCUGGCCGGACUGUACGCUGGGGAGCGCCCCCAUGGCUUUGGCUGGCUGGAGGACGGCACUGGCCCGGCUAGUGCUGCUGCCGCUCGCCCUGGCCCCGCUGCGGGCCGGCCCUGGGAGCGCACACCCUCAGUGUCUGGACUUCAAGCCCCCAUUCCGGCCGCCACGCCCGCUGCCCUUCUGCGAGCAGUACACGGCCUUCGGCUGCUGUGAUGCGGAGCAGGACGCUGCUCUGAGCCGCCGUUACUGGGCCGUGACCAGUCGCCUGGAGCCCGACACCUUCGCGGUCUGCGCCGCCUACGUGCGCGACCUGCUGUGCCAGGAAUGCUCUCCAUAUGCGGCACACCUGUUUGAUGCAGAGGACCCAUCCACACCCCUCCGGACAGUGCCUGGGCUCUGUAAGGACUACUGUAUAGAUGUAUGGCAGAAAUGCAGGAUCAUAUUCCGUCAUCUCUCCCCAGACCCAGAGUUAUGGGCCCUGGAAACAAAUCGGGCCAAGUUUUGCCGCUACUUAUCACUUGAUGAUGCUGAUUACUGCUUCCCUCGACUAUUGGUCAACGAGAAUCUGAAUGUGAACCUGGGUCAGGUGAGGGCUGACACAGAAGGCUGCCUGGAGCUCUGCCUGGUGGAGGUAGCCAAUGGGCUCCGAAACCCUGUGGCCAUGGUGCAUGCCAAUGAUGGCACUCACCGAUUCUUUGUGGCUGAGCAGGUGGGGCUGAUCUGGACUUACCUCCCCAACCAUUCAAGGUUGGAGAAACCAUUUCUGAACAUCAGUGAGGUUGUACUCACCUCUCCCUGGGAAGGGGACGAGAGGGGCUUUCUUGGCAUUGUCUUCCAUCCUCAGUUUAAGCAUACUGGGAAAGUCUAUGUGUAUUACUCUGUGGAGGUCGAUUACGAGGAGAGGAUCCGCAUCAGUGAGUUCAAGAUUUCCCCUGAUGACAUGAAUACUGUGGACCACAGAUCUGAAAGGAUAAUUUUGGAAAUUGAAGAACCAGCAUCUAACCACAAUGGGGGACAAUUGCUCUUUGGAGAUGAUGGGUAUCUUUACAUCUUCACUGGGGAUGGAGGAAUGGCAGGAGAUCCAUUUGGGAAGUUUGGAAACUCACAAAACAAGUCAGCCUUACUUGGCAAAGUAUUACGGAUUGAUGUGAAUCACAAUGACCGAGGGCCUCUGUACAGAAUCCCCCCUGAUAAUCCCUUUAUUGAUGACCCAUCUGCCCGGCCAGAAGUCUAUGCCUAUGGUGUGCGGAACAUGUGGCGCUGCUCCUUCGACCGAGGAGACCCCAUCACCAAGCAAGGGCAGGGGAGGCUCUUCUGUGGAGAUGUUGGCCAGAACAAAUUUGAAGAGGUUGACAUCAUAGAGAAGGGGAAGAACUAUGGAUGGAGGGCCAGAGAAGGCUUUGAGUGCUAUGAUAAAAAACUAUGUGCCAAUUCUUCACUAGAUGAUGUCCUUCCAAUCUAUGCAUAUCCACACAAGAUGGGAAAGUCAGUCACAGGAGGCUAUGUCUACCGCGGCUGCCAGUCCCCAAAUUUGAAUGGAUUGUACAUAUUUGGGGAUUUUAUGAGUGGGCGCUUGAUGUCUCUCAGGGAGAAUGAGGCCACCAGACAGUGGCAGUACAAUGAGAUCUGCAUGGGGCGUGGGCAGACAUGCAUGUUUCCAGGCAUGAUCAACAACUAUUAUCAGUACAUCAUUUCCUUUGCUGAAGAUGAGGCAGGGGAACUUUACUUCAUGUCUACUGGAGUACCAAGUGCUACUUCUCCAAGAGGAGUCAUUUACAAAAUGGUUGACACCUCCAGGAGAGCUCCUCCUGGCAAGUGUCAGAUCAGGGCUGCACCCGUGAAAGUGAAAAGUCGGAUCAUCAGCUUUGAGCCCAAGGAGAGUAAGUCUUGCUGCUUCUUCUCUGUUUGGCAAGUAGAAGCCAGCUGUAGGAAUCUGAGUUGGAGCUCUUCAUCUUCCAUGACAGGACACCUAGGGUGA